AUGAUAGUUGGGGAGGAUGGUUUGAGGGAAUCGCUGGUGGGACAACCUUGCUAUAUGAGCCCUCCCGAUAACGGGGUCCGCGAUUGUCCAGAACUCUUUUACGUUGACAUGGUCCCAAGCCUGAGUCGAAUGACCAGAACCAGAGGCGGGGGCAUCAGACAGCAGAGAAGAAGACCAAACAUCAGACGACGAAAGAAGGGAGCGGCUCUCGGUAUAUUCUUAAUCCCUUGUCGUCCAAAAUACACGAAUACUGUCAAACGUAGUCCCGCAGUUCUGCACACACACCCACGGAUGCUGCAUCACCCAGACUCGUCACGGCGUUGGCUGCGGAAAGUUACAGACAGGCUGCUUUCGGCAAACACUCUAUUAUUCUCAAAAAAUGAUCAGCCACUUUCCCAUGUUCGACUUCGUGAUAGUGCAGCAAUUGCGUUUUUAUAAGACAUACCUGGUUCCCGAAGGCAAUUAAAGAAGGGGAAGGAACUUUUAGGAGGCCUUGUUUCCUCGCAUCUCGGGUAGUCGUCACCACUUUAUCGUGUUGAAGCAUCGAUAAUGGCCGAAAUUUUCGAUUUCACGGAGAGAUGACUACAUGCGAACUUCAUAUCAAUGACGAAAGGACGCGCAAGAUGCCUAUUUACUCACAUAAAAAUUUGAGUGAAUGGCGGUAACCCGGGGCGGAAAGAAAGUGAGCAAAUCGGACCGCUUCAAAAGGAAUAGGGGAGCGUGACGCAUCGUGUUCCAUGCCAAGAUGGGCCGGCAGAUGCUAUCUUACACGAACUCCCCGUGUUCGUGCAUACCGGUACGCUUACUAGCUGACCUGGUGGAUCAAUCGAAAAGAACAGACCUCAGCUCGUGGUUGGAAGGAGCAAGAGGUGACGGCAGAUAUGUUUACUCUCUGAUCCCGCUUGUUUGGCCCAAAUUCCCUGUCUCGGGCGCAGGAUCCUAUCCCGUGCCUUGUUCGAAUCAUCGUCCACCUGUGCCAUAGUAUGUGCUGGAUCUGCUAGUGCGGGGGCCCGCGACAUCACAUACAUACAGGUAUUGUUUCUCAUUCGGCCUAGGUGGAUAAUUAAUC